GAGGGGGCGAGGGCGGGCUCCGAGGAAGGAGGACGAAGGAGAAGAUGGCGGCCGGCUCGCCUCAGGCCUGGUCUGUGUUCGUGAGGCGGGAAGGAAGGAAGGCGGCGGAGGGAAGAGGACGGAGAGGCCGAGAGAGAGAGAGAGAGAGAGAGAGAGAGGACGUGAGAGUUCUCUGGAGCCACCCCUGCCGUGAUGGGAAACGAACCAGCUUCUAGUCGAUAUUAAGGCAUUUGGAAACCAAAGUGCAGGAAGGAAACCAGUCCUCUAGGAAAAAGGAUUCCUCUCAAGGGGCUGAUCCUGCUGAAUUCCUACAUUCACUUUGGAUUCUAGAGUAGAACCAUAGAAGAGACUUCAUGAAGCACCCAGUCCAGGCCUCUGCCGUGCAGGAAAAGCCAAAGUACCCCUGACAGAUGAGCAUCUAGCUUCUGUUUAAAGGAUUCCAAAGACCACCUAUGAAUAUUCCUUGCCUAGAAAACCCUAUGAAAUUCAUGGAGUCACCAUUGAUUAGUAACUUAAAAGCACAUACAUACAAACAUACACACAGGUGGUUAGAAGAAGCAGGACACUAUUUGCUACUCUGCAUCAGGCUGGAAACUACAUUUUGAGGCAGAGAGUUCCACCGCUAAACAGCUCUUACAGUCAGGAAGUUCUUCUUAAUGUUCAGAUGGAAUCUACUUUCCUGUAAUUUGAACCCAGUGCUGUGAGUGAUCAGAAAGGGAAAAACAAGAAUCAAGUGUCCUUAUUGGAAUUAAAUGUACAUAGCACUGCUGACAUGGAGGAGAAAGUAUAUAAAUGUAUCGAAUGUGGAAAGAGCUUUAGUCAGCAUGGAAAGCUGAAGACACAUCAAAGGACUCACACUGGGGAGAAACCCUAUACAUGCCUGGAGUGUGCACAGAGCUUUGCUCGUAGUUCAGAUCUACGUACACAUCAAAGGACUCACACUGGGGAGAAACCCUAUAAAUGCCUGGAGUGUGCACAGAGCUUUGCUCGUAGUUCAGAUCUACGUACACAUCAAAGGACUCACACUGGGGAGAAACCCUAUAAAUGCUUUGAGUGUGGACAGAGCUUCAGUCAGAGUUCAACUCUACAUUCACAUCAAAGGACUCACACUGGGGAGAAACCCUAUAACUGCCUGGAGUGUGGAAAGAGCUUUGCUUUUAGUUCAAAUCUACGUUCACAUCAAAGAACUCACACUGGGGAGAAACCCUAUAACUGCCUGGAGUGUGGACAGAGCUUUGCUCGUAGUUCAGAUCUACGUACACAUCAAAGGACUCACACUGGGGAGAAACCCUAUAAAUGCCUGGAGUGUGGACAGAGCUUUACUCAGAAGGGAUACUUAUGUUCCCAUCAAAGGACUCACACUGGGGAGAAACCCUAUAACUGCCUGGAGUGUGGACAGAGCUUCUCUUGUAAUUCAAGUCUACAUACACAUCAAAGGACUCACACUGGGGAGAAACCCUAUAGAUGCUUGGAGUGUGCACAGAGCUUUGCUCGUAGUUCAGGUCUACGUUCACAUCAAAGGACUCACACUGGGGAGAAACCAUAUAAGUGCCUGGAGUGUGGACAGAGCUUUACUCACAAGGGAGGCUUAUGUUCCCAUCAAAGGACUCACACUGGGGAGAAACCCUAUAACUGCCUGGAGUGUGGACAGAGCUUUACUCAAAAGGGACAGUUAGAUUCACAUCAAAGGACUCACACUGGGGAGAAACCCUAUAACUGCCUGGAGUGUGGACAGAGCUUUGCUUUUAGUUCAAAUCUACGUUCACAUCAAAGAACUCACACUGGGGAGAAACCCUAUAACUGCCUGGAGUGUGGACAGAGCUUUGCUCAUAGUUCAAGCCUACGUUUACAUCAAAGGACUCAUACUGGGGAGAAACCCUAUAACUGCCUGGAGUGUGGACAGAGCUUCACUCAGAAGGGAAGCUUACAUACACAUCAAAGAACUCACACUGGGGAGAAACCCUAUAACUGCCUGGAGUGUGGACAGAGCUUCUCUUGUAAUUCAAGUCUACAUACACAUCAAAGGACUCACACUGGGGAGAAACCUUAUAAAUGCCUGGAGUGUGGACAGAGGUUCUCUUGUAAUUCAAGUCUACAUACACAUCAAAAAACUCACACUGGGGAGAAACCCUAUAAAUGCCUGGAGUGUGGACAGAGGUUCUCUCGUAAUUCAAAUCUACAUACACAUCAAAGGACUCACACCUGGGAGAAACCCUAUAAAUGCCUGGAGUGUGGACAGAGCUUCACUCAGAAGGGACACUUACAUAUCCAUCAAAGGACUCACACUGGGGAGAAACCCUAUAAAUGCCUGGAAUGUGGACAGAGCUUUGCUCAUAGUUCAAACCUACAUUUACAUCAAAGGACUCACACUGGGGAGAAACCCUAUAAAUGCCUGGAAUGUGGACAGAGCUUCAUUCAGAGUUCAAGUCUACGUUCACAUCAAAGGACUCACACUGGGGAGAAACCCUAUAAAUGCCUGGAGUGUGAACAGAGCUUCACUGAUUGUUCAGGCUUACGUAGACAUCAAAGGAUUCACACUGGGGAGAAACCCUAUACAUGCCUGGAAUGUGGACAGAGCUUUGCUCAUAGUUCAAGCCUACAUUUACAUCAAAGGACUCACACUGGGGAGAAACCCUAUAACUGCCUGGAGUGUGGACAGAGCUUCACUCGGAAGGGAAGCUUACAUACACAUCAAAGAACUCACACUGGGGAGAAACCCUAUAACUGCCUGGAGUGUGGACAGAGCUUUGCUUGUAGUUCAGGACUACGUAGACAUCAAAGAACUCACACUGGGGAGAAAACCCUAUAACUGCCUGGAGUGUGGACAGAGCUUUGCUUGUAGUUCAGGACUACGUAGACAUCAAAGAACUCACACUGGGGAGAAAACCCUAUAACUGCCUGGAGUGUGGACAGAGCUUCUCUCAUAAUUCAAAUCUACAUACACAUCAAAGGACUCACACCUGGGAGAAACCCUAUAAAUGCCUGGAGUGUGGACAGAGCUUUACUCGAAGUUCAGGACUACGUUCUCAUCAAAGGACUUACACUGGGCAGAAAACCUAGAAAUGCAUGGAGUGUGGACAGAGCUUUUCAUGGAAUAGACAUCAUAGAAUUCACUCUGGAGAGAAUGGUAUUAAUUGACACCAGAGUGACAUUCUAACAUGUACAAAAGCAACUCUUGCAAAUUUUGGAAAUGCAAGCUCAAAGUUGGGACAUUUCAUCACAUGUGGUGUAUUGUAGAAAGGUUGAACUAAAAUACAGUGUUCCCUCACCUAUCACAGGGGUUAGGUUCCAGGACCACCCGCAAUAAGUGAAAAUCUGUGAAGUAUAUUUAUACAUUAUUUUAGUAGUUAUACACUAUUUUAAGUCUUUAUCAACCAAUCGUGUUGAAUCGUGAGAAAUCCUGUUGCCACUUGGGCUCCUUUUCCCUCCCUUUGGCUUCUCCUUCCUCAGGAUGUAAAUUGUAAUUUUUUUUAUGAUUUAUAAAAUUCUUUUAGAGUUUAUUGAAAAACUGCGAAACAGCGAAUCCGCAAACAGUGAAACGCAAAGUAGUGAGGGAACUCUGUACGUUCCAUUCUGGAAGUAAUUAUAUUAUCUAAAGGGAGUUGAAUAAUGGGAGAUAAAAAUUAACAGAUAGAAUGAGGCUUUUAGUCAUGUAUCCAUGUCUGUUUGUUAGUUCAGUUGUGUGUCUAUGUAGGUAACUCGUUAGUCCAGGGGUCCCCAAACUAAGGCCCGGGGGCCGGAUGCGGCCCUCCAAGGUCAUUUACCUGGCUCCCGCCCUCAGUUUUAUAUAAUAUAAUAUAUUGUAUAUACAUAUAAUAUUGAUAAUAAUCUUAUGUUAUACAAUAUAAUACUAAUAGUAAUACCAUAUAAUAAUAUUAAUUAUAUGUUAUAUAUUACAUCUAUAUAUAUAAAAGAGUGAUGGCAUCACGGCGACCCACAAAACAACAAAACUACAGGCCCCCCAACCGCGAAAUUUGACAACACAACCCAUCAUCCACGCCUCUAGGUUGAUACAACAGAAAGAAAAGAAAAAUAAAGUCCGAAUUAGAGAGAGAGGAAUAAUUGCUUUUAUCCAAUUGCUGCCAGUUAGAAGGCUAAGCUCCUCCAACUUGGUCUCCUAGCAACCCAAUAAAAAACAAUAAAAAACACUAAAAAUUAAUACAAUAAAAUAUUAUAAUGGAAAAUAACUAAAAAUAAUUCAAGAAAAUAAUAAAAUAUAAUAAAUAAAAAUAUAACUUACAAUAAAAUUAAUUUAAAAAAAUGCAAAUAACGUCAAAUAAAAAUAACACAACAAUUUUUAACCAAUACCACCACCACUUUGCCACAGCAACGAGUGGCCGGGCACAGCUAGUAUUAUAUAAUAGUAUAGUGGUAUAGUUCAAUAUAUUAAUAUAUAAUGCUAAUAUUGUGCUAUGCUAAUAAUAUAUUGUAUUGUAUGUACAUUCAGCUGCUCUGAGUCCCCUUUAGGGUGAGAAGGGUGGGAUAUAAAUGUAGUAAAUAAAUGUAGUAAAUAAAUAAUUAAUUUUAGACUUGGGCUCGGCCAAAGUCUGACAUGACUUGAAGGCACACAACAACAACAACAACAAUCCUAAUUAACUUGACCAGGGGUCCCCAAACUAAGGCCUGGGGGCCGGAUGCGGCCCUCCGAGGUCAUUGACCUGGACCCCGCCCUCAGUUUUAUAAUAUAAUAUAUUGUAUAUACAUAUAAUGUUGAUAAUAAUACUAUAAUGUAAUACAAUAUAACACUAAUAAUAAUACCAUAUAAUAAGAUUAAUUAUAUAUUCUAUAUUACAUAUAAUGUUACUAAUAAUAUUACAGUAUAGUGGGUUAGUUCAAUAUAGUAAUAUAUAAUGCUAAUAUUGUACUAUGCUAACAAUAUAAUAUAUUGUAUGUACUAGGCUUGAUCGAUCCAUGAAAAAUUUGAUUCUAAACUCGUUUCAAAACUAGAGGGGCAGUUUUUCGUUUUUGUUGCUAUUUACGAAUUUUGUCCCCAAAAUUUUUCGAAAUUAACGAAAAUUCGUUAUUUUCGAAAUUAAUUCGUUAAUGGCGGAAGCGCAUGCGCGGUCGCCCCAAAACAGCCCCGGGGGGGGGGUCGGGGGCUCUCCUGCUCUCAUUUUUUCAGCUAUACUGAUCAAAUUUGGUACAGUGGGAGAACACAAUCCACCCUGCUUGUUUGCUAAAUUGCAGAGCGUUUGCCCUUUCCUAAGAUUUAUUGCACAAUUUUAUAGUUUACUGUGCCCGGUCACGCGUUGCUGUGGUGUAUGGGAAUUCUUUGUUAGGUAGGUAGAAUAACAGUGAAUAGCUUUGUAGCCUGAAAGCCUGGCCAUUUUCUUAUGGGAAUCCUUGUUUGGUGAGGUGGAAUAGAAAGGAAUAGGCUUGCUGCUUGGAAGGUUAGGUACUUGCCUUUUAGGGGGGUAGAAUUGUAAUGAAUAGCCUCGGAGGUUCAAAGCCUGGGUGCUUGCUAUCUAGGGGAAUUCUUUGGUUGGUCAGAUUCAGAGUAGUAUCACUGUUUCAAAGCCUGGUCGCCUUUUUCGAAGGUUAAUCUUUUAUUGGUCUGGUUGAAUUGCACUGAAUAUCCUUGCAGCUCAAAAGUCUGGCUGUAUUUAUUAUUUUGUAUUAUAUAUAUUACUAAAUAUAGAAAGCAUGGCACAUUG